GAUCCAUUUAUGCUCUACCAAUCUCGAGAGUCUAGGAGACAUCCCGGCACCUGCCAAUGGUUCCUUCAAGGUCGGGAAUACCUGCAAUGGAGAUCUACAGGGCCACUACUUUGGUUGCGGAAAGUCAUUUCUAUGGUAAAACCCGAAUACCAUCAUAGGUGCUCUGCAGUAAUUAGGCACCUGCAAUCCUACUGUACAGCACAGUCUGACAAUAUCCUUGUACAUUUCUUCUUCUCAUUUGCCGAUUCCCACCGGCCUAAUCCGCUUCUGUGCCUCUCGUCCAUAUUAAGGCAAAUGUGUGUGAACGAUCGAGUCCUCCAGAAUGUCGAGGAACUGUACGAAAAGUUCAACGGAUCUACAGCAAGCAGACCUCUGGAGUAUCACGACAUCGAACUCGCGCUGGAUUCGGCCAUUGCGUGCCUCCAGCAAUGCAAAGAGGUAUAUAUUAUCCUUGACGCUCUCGAUGAAUUGCCUAAUGAUCCCGACGAAUACCAAAGGAGUCGUGUUCUGAGUUGGAUCAAAGCAAUUGCUACCCGCUACCGGCAUGUGCAUAUCCUAUUUACGAGUCGAAGUAACUCAAACUCUCGAGAUAUUGAAGAUUUCGUAGGUACUAUCCCGUCAAUAGAGAUCGUUACCAUAGAUGCGAUGAGCAAUCGUGACGACAUGUUCUCGUACCUGGAAGCGCAGUUUAAGAAAAGCCACGUCCUGAACAAAGUGCCUGGCCAUUCUCUCUCACAAACCCUCAACAGCAUGAUCAGUUUGUCUGGUGGAAUACUGAAAGAUAUCGACCAUAUCCUGAAAACUAUGCCACCGAGACUGGACGAUACGUACGUCAGAAUGCUACAAAAUAUUCAUUACCUGCUUUCAAGUGAAGCAGCAAGGGCCCUCCUAUGGCUUUCACUUUCCCUCAGACCGCUUCGCCUAGUCGAGGUCAACGAGAGCUGUAUUAUCAUGCCGCAGAAUAGGCCAGUUAUAGCAGAAGAAGACAGACUGGAGGGGGAAGGGAUCUUGCCGUGUCUAUCCGGACUUGUCCGCCGGACCGGAAUUGACAACAAGUACCUGGCUCUUUCCCAUUUCUCAGUCAAAGAGUUUCUCACUUCUGAGGCUCUUAAGCAUGACACCUGUUCAUCAUAUGGGUUCCAAGAUAAUUCAGCACAUGCUUUGAUUGCGGAAAGCUGCAUUACAUAUAUUAAUCAUUGCUAUUGCAGUGAAAAUCGAACAGGCAGUAGAACGGAUCUCGAACAGUUUCCCCUUCUUGAAUAUGCAUGCCGCUAUUGGUUCGAGCAUAUGAUUUUGGCCGGAGGUGAAGAGCAAAUGAGUCUGGCUUCUUUGGCAUCCACCCUCCUUCAGUCGGGCGAGAAGUGGAAAUAUGUCACAUUGAUAUAUAACCACAUGAUUCCCGAUGUACCCUUUAGUUGCGCUGCUCGACAAUUGACUCUUCGCACACCUCUAGGGUGGGCAGCUGCUCUGGGUCUUGAGUCAGUGGUCCAUCUUCUCGCAUUACAACGGCCAGCUGAUCUUCAUAUGAUACAAGACAUCAGAUUCGAUCCCAAGUGUUUCCAAGUACAAGAGCCGUGUGAGGAGUGCUACAUGAUCAGAUUUUACCCCACUAGCGGUACAGCACUUAUGAAAGCUGCGCAAUUCGGACAUACGUCGAUAGUAAAGCGUCUCAUAAAUGAUGGUGCUGAUAUAAAUUCGAGAGGAGAAUUUGGUAAAACCGCUUUGUCAAUUGCAUGCAGAUGCGGGAAUACCGAUCUAGUCAAAUAUCUUCUGGACAGUGGUGCCAGUCCUUCUGGUGUUCUGACGGAAGCCAUACGUGGAUCGUCCACCCUGAUUUGCCAAUUAUUAUUGGACGCCGGGGCCGUGGCUGAUGAGGAAAUAAAAGGCGAAAUCCCUUUGAUAGUGGCAGCUGAAUUGGACUAUGAUCAUAUUUGCCAAGUUCUUCUGGAUUAUGGCGCAGACGUCAACCGACUGAUAGAGGUCGACGAUUGGGAAACGUGGGAUCCCGCUAUUGCAACUGAUGCAUUGACUGGAGCUACUAUGUUUGGCAAUAUUGAAACAGUCGAGCUACUUCUCUCUAAUGGGGCCCAUAUCAGAGGUAGCGCUCUGGCAUACUCUUUGACUGGAGUGGAGGAUGGGCCGUCUGAUAAACACCGUGAAAUCUGUAACAUUCUGAUUGAGCACGGGGCUGACAUGAAUCCAGAUCUUGGGGCUUUCUUUAAUACACCGCUCGCCAUGGCGCUCUAUAAUGGCUGGCUGGAUAUUGCUAGAUGCAUGAUCAGUAAGGGUGCCCGAAUUGAGCCGAGUGAUCCUACUUGCCUUUUAGCAGGUAAUAUUUUGGUCGCAGCAGUUUCCAGCGUGGACAUGACUCGUGAAAUUCUAGGUAUUGGUGUUGCAGCUGAUUCUCCAAUCGCAGCUGUUCACCAAUGGGCUUGGGGGAUGGAUGGCGAUGCCUGCAAUUUUACUACAGCCCUCCAAGCUGCAGCAUACCAUGGACAUGUUGGGACCGUGGAACUUUUACUUGCAAAUGGUGCCAAUCCAAACGUCCUUGGUCCCCCAUACGGAAGCACCUUGUUUUCUCUUUUCGCAGGAACCUGUUAUGCCAUAGAAAACAUUGGGCCCGAGUCACACGAAAAGGAAGCGAAGAAAGCCUAUAAUCUAUCCGUGAGAGACAAGACGAUCCAGAUCUACAAAGUUCUGCAGGAGCGAGGUGUCCAAAAUAUCAUCCCAUGGGGCUCUCUGAAUUACGACGCGUAUCGUACAUGCGUGCGCGGGAUCAAAUAUUCAUCAAUCAGGACUGCUAAUGCUAUGACUCGCUCCAUCGACGAGGAAAAAUUUGCCAUUCUCUCCGGAGGAACCUUUUGCAGAGUUGUGCGCAGUUAG